AUGAUUACUUUGAAAGUGAGUUUCAGAGGCACUGUUCUUCCUUCUUCAUCACCUCAAACUUCCUGGCAUCACUCUUCAGAUUCAGUCUCUUUUUCACUCCCCAAGAAAUCACUGACAGCCAAUUUUCCAAACACCACUAUACUAUGUCAUCAGAAUCUUCGUGUCCAAGCUUCUUUUGGAGAGAAAACCAGGCCUUCAGUCUCCGCAAUAGUGGCAACUGGUCUGCAAGAGGUUCUUCCACCAGCUCUUACUUCCAGCUCAGUCCCACCUACACUCUUUGAUGGGAAAACAAGGUUGUAUGUAUCUUACACAUGCUCAUUUGCUCAGCGCGCAUGGAUUGUCCGGAACUUGAAAGAAUUGGAGAAGAAGAUAAAAUUAGUUCCUCUUGAUCUGCUAGACAGGCCUUCUUGGUACAAAGAAAAAGUGAACUCUACUAACAAGGUUCCAUCAUUGGAACACAAUAACAAAAUCAUACUAGAGAGUCUUGAUUUGAUCAAGUAUAUCAACAGCAAUUUUGAAGGGCCUUCACUGUUCCCUGAUGAUCCUGCAAAGAGAGAAUUUGCAGAAGAUUUGUUUUCCUACACCGACUUCUUCAACACUUCUGUGUUUUCAUUUUUUAAAGGAGAUGGAACUGAGGCAGAUGCCGGUGCUACAUUUGACUAUAUUGAAACUGCUCUAACCAAAUUUGAAGAUGGACCUUUCUUUCUCGGCCGAUUUAGUCGGGUGGAUAUAGCUUAUGCUCCAUUCGUUGAGAGAUUUCAGCCUUUUGCAUUGGAUGUGAAGAAAUUAGACAUAACUGCAGGCAGGCCUAAACUGGCAGCAUGGAUUGAGGAGAUGGACCAAAACGAUGCUUACAAUAGAACCCGCCGUGAUCCUAAAGUGCAUGUUGAAAUCUACAAGUGCCGCUUUCCGGUAACUUUUCUCUACUGCAAUUUAGGAAGUCAAAUUCAGAGAUGUUGCCAGUUCUCAAAUUAUUUCAUGGUUGUGCAGGCUCAGGUCUGCAAAUCAAUGGAAAAGUUUGCUUCAAAUAGAUUUUGCUUUAUGCAUGAUGAACCAAAUCAUGAAAGUCACUAA